CGCACACCCUUUUUAUAGAAGCCUCGGUUGAUAUCGUCACCGCCUUGGUUUCGGAAUCCCGAAAGGGACGAUUUGCUCUCCCUCGUCUCUCCCGCUCUGGUUUCGGACCCCAAAUCCGAUUCAAAUCGAACCCCCACCACCAAAUCCUUGCGUCUACUUAUACCUCUGCGAUCGAGAUCGAAAUCGAGUCUGCGAUCCGCCUCCGAGAUCGAUGGUUCGAGUGGAUGCCGUGGCCGUCGACGGCAGGCCGCUGAAGCGGGCGCGGCGCCGGGAUGAGGCCGACGGCAUGCUGGGCCUCCCGGACGGCAUAAGCGCCGGCGAGAUCGCUCCCUGCGGGCCGUUCCGGCACUGCGUGAGGUACUUCAUCGCCCGACAAGCACGAGUCGCGCCGCCCACGCUGCCGCGCCUGCGGACGUGGCGGAUGUCCUCCCGGGUGGGCGACACCGCCGUCGAUCUGGACGUGGUGGAGGAGGACGUCGCGAGAUCGAGGAGGAUCUACUGCGACCAUUGCAGGAUCGUCGGUUGGAGUACGAAUCCAGUGUGUUCAACGCGAUACCACUUCAUAAUCCGGAACGAGAGCAGCCCAUCCUCCUCUUACGAGCACCAUCCUUGCAGACAUUGUGGGGCGCCGCGUCGCUUCUCAGAACUCAGCAUAACCUGCAGGUGCAGUACUUGCAAUUAUGAGUCAACCUCUCUUGAUUUGGAGGACUGGGCAUCUCUGCAGUUGGAGGACCCAACGCAUUUGUUGCAUGGUGUGGUGCAUGCCAAUGGAUAUGGCCACCUCCUGAGGGUUAACGGCCGUGAAGGCGGCUCGAAAAAUUUAAUAGGUUGCGACUUGAUGGAAUAUUGGGAUCGACUGUGUAAAUUACUCAAUGUCAGAAAAAUCUCCGUCAUGGAUGUGUCCAAGAAGCACGGCAUGGAGUUCCGGCUCCUCCAAGCUGUCACCGCAGGCCAGCCAUGGUAUGGAAACUGGGGAUACCAGUUUGGUUCCGGCAGCUUUGGUCACACCACUGAGGCUUACCGUAAGGCAGUGGAUGGUCUCUCCAGCACUCCUCUCCCUGAUGACCGAUCACUUAGCACCCAGCUGCAGAAGACCAUUGCCCUUUAUGUGUUCCUUUCACCUCGAAGACUGAAGACAUUGAGAGACCUCUUCUGUUUCAUAACUCAGCAGAUCAAGGACUGCUAUGGUGAGAAGAAUUUGGGAGCUGAUGCAACAGAAAAAUCACAAGAUCCUGAAUCACUGCCAAUGUGCACAUGGAGACAGGAAGACAUCAACCGAGCAGAGAAUGCCAUUAUCAAGAUUCUUCAAGCUGUUAAGGAAUCCAAGUGGGUUACCUGGCGGGCUCUUCGAGGGGCAACCUUUUCGUCUAUUGGCUCGUUAGAGCUGCUGGAUUAUUGCCUCAGGAAACUUGCUGGUAGAGCAGUGGCCGAUGGUUUGGUUGUCGCAGUCAAAUGUAAUGCUGAGUCGAACUCGGUUGAGUACAGACUUGAGCGUGCUUCGGACGAGCGAUCAUCUGCUCGACGCUUAUGCAGACCUUCCAAAGAAUGUCUUCUUCAUGACCUCAGGGUGUUGUACGAUGCCCUUCUCAACCCUGCCACCAUGCAGCCUUACGAGCCACGGUCAGUGUGGGAGGCCUCCCGGAGUUCAUCAGCAAAAAUUCUCGACUGCAAGCAAUUUAUCAAGCACUAUGAUAAAAAUAAAGACUUGGUGGAUCCACAUCCAUUCACACUUCGUGUAUGGUGUCGAAUGGAGUUAGCUGACAAACCAAAGAACUACUUAGCCCCCCCACCAGAGCUCUUGCUACUACCUUUACAUGCCACAGUUGCAGACCUCAAAUCUGAAGCAACAAAGGCUUUCCAGGAGACAUACCUAAUCUUGCAAUCGUUCCAGGCAGAGCAGGUUUUAGUAAAUGGUGAAUAUGCUGAUGAUGCCACCCAAAUCAGUUUCCUGCUAGGCCCAGAUGAUUCUGUUCAAGUUCGCGGAAGGUGCUUGGGAGGUGGGUGCAAGUUGGAGCAAUUGCGGAUGGAGAGGGGCACAGAGAGUUGGACAGUAGAUUGCACCUGUGGAACCAAAGAUGAUGAUGGCGAGAGAAUGUUAACAUGUGACAGGUGUGGAGUGUGGAAGCACACAAGAUGCUCGGGGAUAGAUGAUCUUGAUGAGGUUCCGGCGAAGUUCGUCUGUGGAUCAUGUUUAAGCAUGUCCAAGCGCGGUGGCAGAGGCAGAAGAAUGUACAGAUAUGACACUUCGAGCAGCUGGCAGGAUGAUGAUGCGUCAUCAAACACUGGAAGAGACAGACAGUUAGCAGUAAAAAGUUGACUGAUGUGAAGAAAAACUUUGUAUAUAGCAUUUUGGACAGACUCAUGCUUAAUGAGCAUUUUAAUGUCAUUGAGUACCCUCAAUAAUGCAAAAAUUAGAUGUUUAACAGUA